ACGUUUGACGACUUGUCGUUGUAGUUCGUCCGUUUCAUUAUUUGUCUCGUCCAAAGAGUAAGGUACUAUUAAACAGAGGGUCUCGUCUCUAAUCUAAUAUUACAGUACACAUUUGUUUUUGCUUUGAUUUUUAGUUGUAUUGGAGUAAAUUUGCGACACUGUGAAUAAGAAAUUAUUGUGAUGUUUUUUUACCUUUGAUAAUAGUUAACUGUGUUAGGUAUAUUUUUCCAGGAUCCCUUUUAUGACUGAUAAAACACGGUAAUAAUUGAGCAGAGAUUAUAACAAAUUAAACAUAACAAUGAGCUGUAUGUAAUGAAAUAUCAUUCCAAUGGUUCUUUGACAUUUGGUGAUUACUUUAUGAUGUACUUGCCAAAAUGGAAGCGUGUGGCUGUAUGCUUGUUGAUGAUAUGGAUUGUAGUCACAUAUCUUGUGAUAUCACCACUCAGAUGCAAUGGAACCCCAGAUGAAGUAAUAGAAUUACAAGACAAGCUGAGGAGGUUGUCUUCACAGUUAGAGUCCAUGAAACUAAAACGUAGCAAUCUAAUUAGUCAGAUAAAGAAGUCAUCUAGUGUAAACGGCAACCUUAAGGACAUAGAUCUAUUAUUAUUAGAGGGGGGGCACGGGCCCUCUGAAGAGUACGAGUAUCUUAGAAGAAGAAUAUAUUCUAAUACUAAAGAAUUAUGGUACUACGUAAAUCACGAACUGACCAAAUUUUUAAAAGAGGAAAACAAAGAGUCUUUGCAGACUAUAUUGGAUGAAGUCUCGGAAAGAAAGAGCUCGCUAUUAUCCGACCAAGAGAAAUUGGAGGAGUUGGACGGCUACCACGAGUGGCGGCAAGCCGAAGCGGCCAAUGUCAGCGACCUCAUACAGCGCCGGUUGUACUAUUUGCAGAACCCGCCUGACUGCAAGGAAGCCAGGAAAGUCAUCUGUAAUCUGAAUAAGGGCUGCGGUUUCGGCUGUCAACUCCAUCACAUAGUCUACUGUUUAAUAUUCGCGUACGCGACAGAGAGGACCUUAAUAUUGAACUCAAAAGGUUGGCGUUACAACACUCGCGGCUGGGAUUAUGUCUUUUAUCCGAUCUCUGAGAGUUGUACAUCAUCAUACAACGACAAAGAGCAGCGGUGGCCAGUAUCGCAACAUCACGCGAAAGUAAUAUCGCUGCCGUUCAUAGACUCGAUGAUGCAGAAGCCGAAGUUCUUGCCGCAAGCCGUGCCUAUGGAUUUGGCUCAUAGGAUAGUUCGGUUCAAUGGCGACCCGGCGUCGUGGUGGGUCGGGCAGAUCAUCAAGUACGUCCUGAAGCCGCGCUCCAAACUUCAGAAGUCCAUCAACGAUACCAUCACCAAGAUGAACUUCAGGAAACCUAUUGUUGGCGUCCACAUCCGGCGCACAGACAAAGUGGGCACGGAGGCGGCGUUCCACCACAUCGACGAGUACAUGCAGCACGUGCGGCAGUACUACGACAAGCUGGAGCUCACCGCCAAGGUUGACGUGCGCCGCGUCUAUCUGGCCAGCGACGACGCCAAUGUGCUAGAGGACGCUCGUAAAAAGUACCCCGACUAUGUUUUCCUCGGGGACUCGUCCAUCGCGCAGUCGGCCGCCACUCACCGGCGCUACACGCCGGCGUCGCUGACGGGGCUGCUGGUGGACCUCAACAUGCUGGCCAACUGCGACUACCUCGUGUGCACCUUCAGUAGCCAGGUCGGUCGUUUAGCAUACGAGCUUAUGCAAACAAAUCGUCCGGACGCAUCAAAUAGCUUCUUCUCGCUGGACGACGUGUAUUACUACGGCGGACAGAUCUCCAACGACCGCAUCGCCGUCUUACCCAACGCGGGCGGCAGCAGCGACAUAGCGCUGCAGGUGAACGACCUUAUAGGCGUAGCGGGCAACCAUUGGAAUGGGUACGGGCGAGGUACUAAUAGGAGAACUAAUGUUUUGGGUCUGUUCCCGUGGUACAAGACAGCGGCCCACCUGGUGCUGUAUCCCUUCCCCGAAUACAAACAGGUCCCGAUGUACACCACAUCAGCCCCUUAUAAUUAGAGAUUGGAUAAUGUUUACUUACGUCAUUUUGGCUAACAAAUUAUGGAAGUGGCUUCUCCGGAUCCUCCGAUUGGGAGGUUAUGUUCCCUCCCCCCCGUUCAAAUUUUAACCUAAGGGACUGACAGGUGGUGUGGUAAAUAAUAUAAAACAAAAGCUAGCUCAUGUUUUAUUUUAGAUUUUGGAAAACAUUGAAUUGUGUCAAACUGGGUUUAUUGCAUAUCACUCCGUAUUAAAAAUAAAAUGAAAUUUGGUAUUAGGCCCGAAACGUAUAAACCUGCAAUCGCGGAACGUUCGAUAAAAACGUCCUUCCAUAAUAGCCAACAUCUGAACAUUAAGUAGAUAUGUAUCCUAAUAUUUGAUUUCUAGUACCAAAUUAAUACAUAACAUUACCCACCAUAGUACAUAUUUACUAUUAAAUCUGUCAAAAAAAGUUAUAAUGGUGGAUAAAGUGCUGUGAUAAAUUAUACAGCAUUAAAAAAAAUUGUCUGUCUUUUUUCAAUAGGUACAUGUUUUUUUCUAUUACCUUUUUGUUUCUAGGAAAGAGUGCCUCAAAUUUUACUAAUUUCCAAAAUUGAUAAUUUUUAAAUAAGCAUUUAUUACCGUCUCAUUAUGUUGAUAGAGUUUUACUAAACUGGCAAUAACUUAAGAAAACUUGUUUUUUGUUGCAUUCAUAUGUUUAUUUUGUAACUCUUUUUGACAGAUUGUAUAACGUGACCAAACCGCAUUUAAAUUGAAGAAACUUUUAAGAAAUUUGUAAUUUUUUUACAAUACAUUUGCUCCGUUUCGUAUAUUGGUUGCAAAAUAGUGAAAUCAUUCACAUCGGUAUUAUGACAUAAAAAAACUCAUUAUUUUAAAUUCAAAUAAACCUAUACAAUUGUUUGUGAAGGUUAUGUCGAUAAACUUUAUUUUUAUUUAUUUUAUUAAAGAAAAAAAAUAUUUCACACCUCAAUGCCAUUCUGAAUGUGAAUAUUAAAUGGCUGAUUUAAAAGCCAUAAGUUUUAUCACAAAUUUUGUACUUUGCCAUUAACGGCUGAGUCACUUUAGAUAACGAUGCUCAAUUUAGUAUUAACUUCCAUCAGUUUUUGAAGUGAAUGCGUAUUUUUCUAGCGUAGAAAAAUUAAUAUGUCUCAAAAUAUAGAUCAAUACUCGAAUAUAUAUAUAUAUAUAUAUAUUAUUUUUAUUGAACAAGCAAUGUGGGAUGACUGGUAUACUCCUAUUGGGUGCAAUUUGAAACUCGAAUAUUUUUUUGUGAUUUAUCUAAAUAGUCAAAUAUCAUCACAAGUAUAUUUUGGUAGUUUACCUAAACCUGUAAACAAAAAGGCUUAUUCUUAUAAUGUAGAUAUAUAGUGUUUGAUUUUAUUUUUAGUAUUGAAAUUUAUUGUUUGGUUAUUUAUUGUUUUUGAGAAAUAAGGAAUACAGAAUACAUUUUCAGUUUUCUAGUAUUUUAGAUACAGAUUGUACAUUACAGUAGAAAACACUUGCCUUCAAUAGACAUUUAUGUAAAUAGAAAUCUGUUGAAUAAAUGGCCUCGUUUCUAUUUUUCUAUUCACACUAUAGCUUUAUAACACGGUCUAAAUGUAUACAGAGUACUGUAUGUAUUUGAUGUUCAACUCAAAAAGUUUGUGUGUCUAGUUUUGUUCUAAUAUUCAGGUUAGUAGUUUUUUUUGUUGAUAAAUGAUAUUUGUAGAUGUAUGCGAUUUAUUUAUUUACCGUACGUUAUAAGUUUAAUGGCGAUCUGAAAUUUAUGCAAUGUGUUUAUCUUUAUUUUGGAACUAGACUGCUAGUUUUAAAAAUAGUUUUUCUUAUUUAAGUCUUUGUCUUUAGAUUUAUAAAAACGUAUUGGUAGACAUUUUAUAAGCCGUGAUAAACGUAGAUUUCACAAUAUUUUCGUCUUGUAUACAAUGUAGAUUUAAUAGCAGUGAUGUGUAAUAUUUUUAUCUACAAAAAAAUUGAAACACGUCUGAAACGCAUUUAAAUAUUUUAGUAAUAAUGAUGAUUCAAAUGUAAACAGCGCUAUUGACAUAUAUCGAACUAACGAGGAAUUUGUAUGGCGGUGGUCGAUAUAAUUUGCAUCGUGUUUCAUGCCACUCUGGAUGGAAUGGGUGUUUCGUUUUUAUCCACCAGAUUGCACUAAUGGAACGACGGGUUACAAAUAACUCUGUCAAAUGGUACAACUUUAAAUUUCACAAUUAUAAUCGGAAGUAAUUAAUUAAAACCGGAUAUUUCGUGCUAUUGUAAAAUCGUUGGACCUUAUGGUGUGUCGAAUUAAAAAAAACCGUUUUAUACAUGUCAUAUCCGUACAAUCAUGCAAGAAAAUCAUAUAUUCAAGUAAAAAAGGUUCCUUUGUUUUUAAAGCCAUAUAAAGCUGUUGUUAUAUUCUGAUGACAAGUCCAACAAAUGUACAACAAAAAUGCAGCCAUAACCUUAAAAUAUGUUAUAUUGUGAGAGAAAAUGCGGAUUGCGUUUAGCCGUCCGUGGCGGCCGAGUCGCGUGCCACCAAAUGUAUUAACUCCAUUCAUUUGCCAGAUAAGGAAUGUUGAUUGACAAGGGUGUUCGUGCGUUGAUACAGAUCUACAGGAUCAUUUUUUAUUCAUUGCACAAUUGUUUAUAAUGUACUCAACUCCCAAAAUAAAUAAUCAGCGAAAUAACGAAAAAUUUCGACUUUCCAUAUUAAGUCCGCUCAGCUGAUCAUCAUUUUGGGAGGCUAAAAUUUUUUGUCAUAUUUUGACAUCGAUUUCUUUGGAUGCUGACUCGGUCUCAUCAUCCGUGUCAGCUCACAUAAUUUAUGCAGUGUAAAAAAAUGCCUGUAUAUUAAUAAGUACGUAUGUAAUUUGUAUAGAUGAUACAAAAUUAUCAAGUUAAUUUGUUGACAUUUAAUGGAAUAAGAUUAUAUAUAAUAACAAUUUCUAUAAUCAAUAAAAACUCAAAAGUUUUUAAUGAUUAUAGAAAUUAUUAUCAUUUUAUGCAGAUAGAUAAAGCAUAUUUUUUGUAUCGUGUACAAUUUACAUACACUAUUUAACAGUAAAUGUGCACCGUGUUCACAUAUUCAAAAUUCGAAGUCAGUUUUCGUUAAUGUGUUAUUAUUUCUGUAUCAACCAAUAACGAUUAUCAAUGUUUAUAAACUUUUAUAAAGCUUUGAAUCAAUAUACAUUGUUAAUUAAUGGACCUAAUGUGUGUAUAUAGCUUUAUAAAUUACACUGUAUAUAUGAAAAA